CCUGACCAAGAUGGCUGCCAUUUUCACCCCAUUAUGGAACUUUGAUAGUUUAUGACGUAGCCCCUCUAGUAAUUUAAUAGGAUCUCUAUGGUCAAAAUAUGGUUGAGAGGUGAUAUUCUAGAGAUGGUUAGAGCAGGAAUAGAAAUAUAAUUGCUAGAAAGGACAUCCCUAUUCAAUUCAAUGUCGUGCUGAUGGGUGCACCCUUAGCAAAGCAGGAAGUGUCCUCCAUUAACCAAGAAGUACAGGAUUGUAUUGUGCUCAUUAUUUAAUGUCAACUGACAUUACACACAUUUCAAUGAGAAGUCCUUGCCAUGGCGUUUCAAAUAACAAUGGCAAUUGUGUAUAACAAUGCCAAGCUAGCCAUUUUGAGUGUAACCGUGAGAGGGUGCAGUCAAAUUGCUGGGGUCUGAGGGGAUAUUUCCAUUCUACACAUUCUAUUUAUAUGAGAGUAGUUUGCAGAAGGGUUUUAGAAGUUUGCACAAAGACACAGAAGUAAAAUAAACUUCCAAUUGACAAUCUGCAGGGAAAAUUGUCAGUAAUUUUAACAAUAAUACAAUUUCUGUCAAUUUGGAAUAUACUGUACACUAAGGUCAAAUUCAUCUUUGGCAAUUGGGUAAAAAGGAAAGAUGGAACUGUUAAAAGUGAUGUGCUUGAUGCCUUUUGAUGCCGAUGACGUCUUUAGAUUGUUUAAGGAUUUGUUUUCCUUUAGCAGCAUUCUGCAGGAUGCUAACAUUUACCAACUCUCUUUUAGAGCUCAUUCGUUAUGGAAGUGCAGAGUAUUGGUCAGAGCGACUGGCAUUUUGAGGUGGGCCUGCUAAGGAAAGAGGUGGGCCUGCUAAAGCAAUGGGCCUGUAUGGAGGAGACGAGACAGAUAGAGAGACAGAAGAUGGAGAUGUAUGGAGAAGAGAGACAACAGCAGGAUUACCAGUAUCUGGAGAUGAAUAGACAGAAGGUGUUGAAGGAGGUGGAGAGGGACAGACUUGAGAGGAUGAAGAGGGAGGAGAAGAAGGAGCUUGCAAAAAUAAAUCAGAUGAAGGAUGAAGAGUUGCUGUUAAUGGAAAUUAGAAUGAGGGAAAGGACGAGAGAGAUGGAGGAGGAGUGGAGGAGGUUCAGGGAGAAAUCUGAGAGGCAGAAGGUAGAGAAACAGAUGGAGCUCCAGAAGAAGAGACAGGAGGAGAGAGAUGAGUGGGAGAUAUCUGAAAAGAAGAGCAUGGAGGAAUGGAAAGAGUUUCACAGGAAGGAAGAAGACUACAGAAAGGAAGAGGAAUGGAUGGAAGCAGAAAGGAAGAGAAAGAUGGGAGAAGUACAAGACAUGCUGAAAAUGCUGCAAACCAGUCUAACGAAGAAACUGAGUGAUGGAAAGAGAAGAGACCUGGAAGAGAGAAAGGAAGAUGAAAAUAAUAUGGGAGAAAAGUGUGUUAAGGAAGCAAGGGAAAGAGACAGGAGAGAGCUCCUGAAAGAAAAGAGGCGGAGACAGAUUGCAGAAGAAAAAUUGACACACAUGGAGAAACAAAUGAUGGAGAGGGAGGGGGAGGGGGAGAAAGAACUUGAGAGUCAAAUUAGAGAAGAUAUGAGAAAAAGAGAAGAGGAAAGAAAGCAUGAGGAGGAAAUUAAAAUGAAGAGACUGGAAGAGGACCUAAUGAAAGAAAAGAAGCAGAGACAGAUUGCAGAAGAAAAUAUGACACACAUGGAGAAACAAAUAAGACAGCUGGAGGAGAGGGAGGAGGAGAGAGAACUUGAGAGUCAGAUUAGAGAAGAUAUGAGAAAGCAUGAGGAGGAAAUGAAAAUGAGGAAACUGGAAGACAUGAAGAAUGAAAUGUUUGGGAAAAUUAGAGAGUUGGAGGAGAGGAUGAUAAAGAUGGAAAGACAGCAUGCAGAGAAGACCACGAUGGAGGAGGAGAAGGAGGAAAGAAAGAGGGUGGAAGACACAGUGAGGAUGAAAGAUUUUUCCAUUUUCGCAGCGGCAACGGUUAAGACUCAGGGCCCAGGUGAGGAUCAACUAGCAAUUGAAGGAAAGACAAACGACACUCAGACAGACCAGGCAGCAAAGGUCAAAGGUGAACAGGACCUGGACAUUGACUGGUCAGAGAGUGACUAUGAUAGUGAGGGAACAAUGGAUAGUGACAAUGAGUACACAGGUAAAGACGAAUGGACAAAGUGGAGAGUGGACAUUGAGGAAAAGAAAGCGUGUACACAACUCCAACAUGAUGGAAAUACAGCUGAGAGAGACGACAUAAACCAAGAGAAGAAAAAGGUCCAGCCAGCAAAAUGCAAAGAUGUAUCCAUCUUUUCAGCUGGUGCUCACACUCAGCAGACCCAGCAAUGCAAAGAUGUCUCCAUGGUUACUGCAACUGAGUCAAAGACUCUGAAACCUCAGGAGGACCAGCCAGCAAUGUGCAAAGCUGGAGGAAAGACUAACACUACUCAGACAGACCAGGCAACAAAGGUCAAAGGUGAACAGGACCUGGACAUUGACACAGACUGGUCAGAGAGUGACUAUGAUAGUGACGAUGGAUUCAUAACUGAAGAAGUAUGGCAAAAGCGGAAAGAGGACAAUGAGAAGAAAAGACAAAACAAAGAUUACACAGUUACACCAUUACCGAAUACAGAUAGGAUUGAUGGAGAGAUCUCAAGAGAAAAGAUUGGAAAGAUAAACCAAGAUCAGAGGGCUGCAGCGGAGGGAAAGACUCAGAACCCUCAGACAUAUCAGCCAGUAAAGGUCAAAGGUGAAAGUGACCUGACAAGUGGGGGAAUGAACCAAGAGAAGACAGAGAUAGAGGUCCUUCAGGGGUCUCGUCAGGAACAGCCAGCUAAGUGUAAAGGUCAGGAGGGUUGGAGGACCAUGCUAUAACCAGUAGAGCUGUUAUUUUACAUUUAACAUUUACAUUUUAGUCAUAGAGCAGAUGCUCUUAUUCAGAGCGACUAUACUGGCCCCCUGUGGGAAUCGAAAACACAAGCCUGGUGUUGCAAGCACCAUGAAAUACCAACUGAGACACACUAAGCUCUAAAUAACAGCAAUGAUGUUUAUUU